AAGAUGAGUGGAAAGAAUUUGAACAAAAAGAGGUUGAUUACAGCGGCCUCAGAGUUCAGGCAAUGCAAAUAAGUGAAAAGGAAGAAGAUGAUAAUGAAAAGAGAGAAGAUCCAGGUGAUAAUUGGGAAGAAGGUGGAGGUGGAGGAGGUGGUGGUGGUGGUACAGAAAAAUCUUCAGGUCCCUGGAAUAAAACAGCCCCAGUACAAGCACCACCUGCUCCAGUAAUUGUUACAGAAACCCCAGAAACGACAAUGACUAGUGGUGUAUAUAGGCCUCCUGGGGCCCGGUUAACCACAACAAGGAAAACACCACAAGGACCACCAGAGAUAUACAGCGAUACACAGUUCCCGUCCCUGCAGUCCACUGCCAAGCAUGUAGAAAGCCGGAAAUACUGAGCCUUCGUAAGGGUUGACUACCUCAGAUUUGCUGCACUCAUUGUGGACUUCAUGUGGAUCACAACUUCUGGAUAAGAAGGUUACUGCUAUUAAGUAUCGAUAUGAAACUUGAAACCAGCUCUACUGGAUCAGAAAUCCUGCAGAAAGUCAGUCAUCUGGGUUUUGAUCUGCUGUAAAAGAUGAAGAUUUAAGUGACCUUAAUUAACCUGUCCUGUGCCCCACCCUUAAGAAAUACUCCAUAGUGGGCUGUGGCUGUGUUAGACUUCUGGAACAUACCCAUCAAGAGAACUGAUGUGUUCAGAUAAUCUGUAGGGCUGUGAUUUCUAAUUUCAACUUUGAGUUGUACUCUGAGGUAACCACAAAUUCAACCAAACUUGGGUCCACUGAGUGGGGGAAAAGGGUGGGGGAGGGAAUGAUCUUGUUUCUUUUAGUUUUUUAUUUGGAUAGUGCUUUCUCUGUUCCACAUUAAGGCCUUUUACACACUGACUUUGAAUAAGUUCUUUGAUUGAGCAUAUUGCAUGGUUAAUUAACCUGAAAUAUGCAUUAGAAUUGUGAAGUGUCUCAUGACUUUGCCAAUCCCUAGAGUGGAACCAAAUUACCUUUGAUGUCAAGGGCAGUGGAUGCAGGAGGCUCUACUUCAGGUGCUGCUAAAGCCUCCUCGAAUCAGGUCUAAAUUGUGAAGUAAGCUGCAGUGGAAAGGGUAAAGAGCAUGGUUUCUGCUUCGGCCACACUGACCUGUCCUUACAAAUUCAAAGCAAGGUGAGCAGAACCUCACUUAGCCCACUUAAGUUUCUUGGAUCUUGCAUGAUCUUUGGCAGAAUUUCCAGUACACUUGUGCCCAAAUAUUUAAGGUGUCAGACAUAAGUGCAGUGAUUGUCCCAGCAUAGCUCUGUUGUCAACCUUUCAGUAUGUUCUUUAUGUUGCUCAUUUGGAGAGUCGGGGCAAAAGACAGGUGAUGUAGCACUUCUGUUUUUAAUAAUUACAGCUUACAAUAUCCAAUUUUGGUCUUUAGGGGCUCGAGUGAGCUCCCUGUGAUUUCUGAAAGUUUAUUUCCAUCCCAUGAGAUAGUCUGGUAAUUUACUAGUUUUUUAUCUUUAGUUCAAUUAAAAUAUUUCAGAGUGGUAUGUGACCACUUGGUAGAGCCUGGGUUUCUCUAUAAUAAAUCCCUUUGCCAAGUGCAAGAGUUGGAGACCUGCUGCCGGCAAGAGUGAAGCGAGUGGGUGAGUAAAGCAGUCCUGACGUGGAGCAUUCCCUGUAGGGGACUCAGCCUGGGUGCAAGUGUCAUGCAAGACUCCGACUCCUAGGUGGUUACAGCAUCACCUGACGGGACAUGCCGACCAAUUCUGGGCCAUAAUAUUUGAGGUGGCAGGCAGUACGUCUGCUCUCUGGUUUGUUUGGAUGAGUAGCUGAGCCAACCAUGGAAAGGUUGGAUGAUUAAGUGAAAAACCAGGGAUUCUUGGUUAAACUGAAAACUCAUUUGGGAACCAAAAAUCUUAAAUAAUUUCUUGGACCUCGAGCCACUUACUUUCCCUGAAAAGUAUGCAUUUUUGACCCAGCAAAAUUUUGUUGGGUUAUGUUAUAGAGGAAUGAACUGAGAUGAAAGUUAUUUAAUGGCAUACUGGACAGAGAUCUGGAGAUCUGCGGGAGAUUUGAAAUUCCAACUCUUGUAACUUUUUAAAAGAUUGUGAAAUUAUCAAAAUGCACAUGAAUCAAGUUUUAAUAUACUGUAUGAUGGGUUGAUGAGGCUGUCCAUUGUACCAUUUCUUUCUUUGAAUUCUCAGGCAUGGUUUGGCAGUGCAAGAACUCUUGUAACAUUAACAAAUUCAAUAAAAAGUA